AUGGAUAAUUUAGCUGAAACCUUUGAUGAAUUAAAUCUUGGUUGUGAAAAAUCUCUCAGCAAGCAAUUUAAUGAAGGAGAGAAAAUCAUCAUGAGUUGCAACAUCUAUAAAUUCAAUGACUAUAAGAGAAGAUAAGAAAGAAACCUUCUGAUUACUACUCAUGCUAUUUACAAUUUGAAUGGAUCUACCAUCAAAAGAAAAAUUGAUAUGAGCAAGAUUAAGGCCUUGACUGUUAGCACCCUUGGUACUGAGUUUGUUAUCCACGUUCCUGAUGAGUAUGAUUAUCGUUAUGCUUCUACUGAUAAAUGGGAUCGUAUUAUCAUGAGUAUUGUAAAGGCUUAUAAUUUGAGAUGUGGUACUAAGAUGCCUUGCUACUUUAAGGAUGAUGUAAGUCUCUUUAACUAUGCAACAACUAAGCAUGAUAAAAAGAAAAAAAUGAACAGAAUGCCAGUCGAAGAUGCAAAACUUAUGGAUGAAAAUUCAUUGAAAUAAAUGAUGGACUAACAAGCUAAUGUGUAUAUUGAUAUUAAGAAGAGAACUUCAACUUUAUGGUCUCGCGAAAAGGGUAAAGAAGUCAAGCUUGAUGACUUCAAUGUUUUGAAAGUACUCGGUGCAGGAGCUUUCGGUACAGUUCUUUUGGUAGAAGAAAAAUAAAAAGGGGAAUGGUUUGCAAUGAAAGUUAUUAAAAAGGAUGUCAUUUUAGAAAAGGGACAAUUUGAGCACACCAAGACUGAAAAAAUGAUUCUUGAACACGUAAAUCACCCUUACCUCGUAAAUCUUGUCUAUGCCUUUUAGGAUCCCUCACGUCUCUUCUUUGUUAUGCAAUUUAUGAAGGGUGGUGAGCUCUUCUAACAUUUGAGAAUAGCUCGUAGGUUCGAAGAAAAGAGAGCAAAGUUCUAUGCCGCUUAACUUUCUUUAGGUUUAGGUCAUCUCCACUCCAAGAAUAUUGUAUAUAGAGAUUUAAAGUUAGAAAAUAUUUUAAUGGAUGACUUUGGAAAUGUUUAUGUUUCUGACUUCGGUAUGGCAAAAAUGAUUAAAUAGAAUGAGUUGGCUAUGACUUUUUGUGGUACUCCUGAAUAUUUAUCUCCUGAAGUUAUCCUUGGUCAUGGUUGUGAUCAAACUACCGAUUGGUGGUCACUUGGUAUUCUUACCUAUGAAAUGAUGUUUGGCCUUCCUCCUUUCUAUAAUAAAUAAUAAGCCACUAUGUUUAAGUUGAUUAAGGAAGCUGAAUUAAAGUUCCCUGAAAAGCCAGUUGUUUCUGCUGAAGCAAAAGAUUUUAUCUCAAAGUGCUUAAACCGUGAUAGAAGAUUGAGACUUGGUGCAAAGAAUGAUUUGUAAGAAAUCAUGUAGCACCCUUGGUUCAAGGAUAUUGAUUGGAACGCUCUUUUGAAUAAACAAAUAGAACCUCCUUUUAAACCUAAUGUAUCAGAUGAAAGAUGGUUAGACAACUUUGAUAAAGAUUUCACUUCUAUGAAACCUGUUUUGGAUGAAUAAGGUAGAAAUGUUUCAAAGAAUGGAAACGAUCCUUUUGAUAAUUUCUGA